UGACCCCCAGACACAGGAAGUGCAUGGCACACAACUGUUGACUGAAUCAAUGAAUGGGUGUAGGUGGGGUUUGGUGAGGUGAGUGCAGGGAACUGCCAACAAUCGAUGCUUCGUGGACCAGGGAAACCUCAGCACAGAGAAGCCUAGCUGGGAAGGGCCUUGUUGCCAAGCGUGGGGACUCAGCCUCUGGCCAAUCGUGACUGAUUGCAGGGUGAAAGGCACAGUUCUCAGGCUCGUCGUAUAUAUGUACAGGGACCAGGGUGGAUCAUAUAUGUGGACAGGGACCGAGAGUACCAAGUGUGCCAGGUGGCAGAGAGAAGCUUGGGGCCUGAACAGGCAAGAGAGGUGGCAGGCCUUCCAGAAGGGCAAGGGACCCCAGGCAGUUCCAGACCCCAAGUCUCCCCCUCCAGGCCAUUCCCUUUGACUAUAAAGGGGAAUGCACACUGGGCUCCCUGCUGUGUUACAGCCCACCUCUUUGACCCUAGGGUUUAUGAUUACUGAACAUUCAGGAUCCAACCAAUGAGGCAGCCAGCCUGCUUUCAAGGGCUGGGCAAGCCCCGGACGGUAUCUCCUGGAUGCCAGUGAGCGGCUGAGAGCUGAAGCUCCCUGGACACUCAAGGCUCUUGUGGUGACAGGUGAGGGGACUGGGUGGAAGGACAGUGCUCUGAGCAUGCACCUUCCAUGGGAUCUGGAGGCUGGCCUGUUUUUUAUGCUUGGCUCUUAUGCCACCUCAGCAACCUAAAAACUUACAGUAAAGCUGGAGGGAGCGUUUCCUGAAACUUGUGUUGGACACAGGAUUUCUGCGAUGUAUGGUCCCUAGAGAAGGAUGAAAGGGUUGCACGUGUGGCCUGCCUGAGGUAGGUGCCCCCUCAAUGCACAGAGAAGCUGAGAGAGCCAGAAAAAGGAAACAGAGGGAAGAGCAGUGGGUACUUCAUCUAUCAGGGCUUUAUAGAAGGUAUUUUAUUCAAUCUUCACAACAACUCUAGAAGGUAGGUUUUCUUCUCCCCUGUUCUAUAGAUGAAGAAAUGGAGGCUCAGAGAGGUUAAGUGACAUGCCCAAGGUCACACAGCUAGAAAGGGAUGGAACCAGAUUCCAAUGCAGGUCUUUCUGACUCUACUUUCUCCCAGUGGCAGAGGCCUGCUUCCUCAUGGGCAAAAGCGGAAAGACACACCCUUGAGCAGGUCUCCCUGUUCCUGCAAGUCUGGGAGCCAUGCAGGCACUCACAUGAUAUUCUCUCUCUUCCCCAGGCCUGGCGUAAAGGUGUGUAGGGAGGCCUAGCUCUGUCUCCCAGACUUAGAGAUUUCAGACACAGACGUCUGUCCAUGGCUCCUUAUCACAUCCGCAAAUACCAGGAGAGCGACCGCCAGUGGGUCGUGGGCUUGCUCUCCCGGGGGAUGGCCGAGCACAUCCCAGCCACCUUCUGGCAAUUGCUGAAGCUGCCUCAAAGCCUCCUACUCUUACUUGGGGGGCCCCUCGCCCUACUCCUGGUCUCUGGCUCCUGGCUUCUGGCCCUUGUGUUCAGCCUCAGCCUCCUCCCUGCCCUGUGGUUCCUUGCCAAAAAACCCUGGACGGAGUUUGUAGACAUGACAUUGCGCACAGACAUGUCUGACAUCACCAAAUCCUACCUGAGUGAGCGUGGCUCCUGCUUCUGGGUGGCCGAGUCUGAAGAGAAGGUGGUGGGCAUGGUAGGAGCUCUGCCCGUUGAUGAUCCCACCUUGAGGGAGAAGCGGUUGCAGCUGUUUCAUCUCUUUGUAGACAGUGAGCACCGUCGUCAGGGGAUAGCAAAAGCCCUGGCCAGGACUGUCCUCCAGUUUGCCCGGGACCAGGGCUACAGUGAAGUUGUCCUGGACACCAGCACCAUCCAGCUCUCUGCCAUGGCCCUCUACCAGAGCAUGGGCUUCAAGAAGACGGGCCAGUCCUUCUUCUGCGUGUGGGCCAGGCUAGUGGCUCUUCCUACAGUUCAUUUCAUCUACCGCCUCCCUUCUUCUAAGGUAGGGAGUCUGUGAUCUCUUUCUGUGUGUAUUGGUCAGAAUAGAAUCCAUUCAGCUGUAGCAGCAAGCAAUCCCCAACCUUUCACUGCAAUGACCUUUCAAUGCAAUAAAAGCUUAUUGUCCAUUCA